AUGGUUGAGAAUGUAAUGUUUGAGAUUGACUUUCAGAUAUCCCCAUAUGUUAAGAAUGGAACAGCUACACUAGUUCUGGAUUUCGGAAAGCAUGUUAAUGAUUUUCUAAGCUCGUUUGUAUCUUAUAUUUCCAUUGAUGAACAUGGAGAACCGUUUUUGAAGAUUCUUCCCUACAGUUUCACCCCCAUGUUUGAUGUGAAAGACUUGCUUGUCCAAAGCGGCUCGAAGUUUGGAUUGAUGGAACAUGAAGUUUUAUCAAUGCACAUUGUUAGCGACGGUGCAUCAAAUUUAUCAUCGAUGGGCAAAAGAUUUUUCGCUGACUGGGCUAUCUGUGCUUGUCAUGCAAUUCAGAAAAUGUCCGAGAAAGUUUUGUCUCCGAACGUGAAAAAUACAUUUAUGUAUUCAUCGGAUGAACUGAAAAAGUUGAACGAAUGUUCAUUAUUAAUGGGAAAAUGUGCUAAACUUGCUCUGGCCGUUCACAAAAAUAAGACUUCCUACGACGUAUGUAGAAACGAGAUGGCAGAGUUGUAUUAA